AUGAAGCAAGAACAAACGAAACGUGUCCAGCUGACUGUGUAUGCUUGUGGGCCGGAGAAAUCCGUUCUUGUCGUGGUGGCUCCACAUGUGGAAGAUGUGUUGGCCCAGAAGUCCUUGGCAGACACUUUGGGCCAGUUGGCGCAGAAAUGCGGCCGCUGUAUCGUGCUAGCGCCAUGUUCGCUUGGGUGGGGCCAGCUUAUUUGCCGGUUGGAUCUUCCAGGCGACUUUUUCGCUACGGUCGAUCCGAUCCGGCCUCCUCAUUAUGUUUCUGGUCUUGCUGCAGCACUUGUUUCGGAAUUGACCCAAAAUUCGAAGGCUGACCUUGGUUUGCUUGCACUCAAUGCCGAGGGCCAUGUGGGUUACGAAAAGGUUGACGCAGAUUCGAUCAUGGCCGCAGCUGAGAACUUUGCCUCUUACUUAGUAGGUAAGUCGCUGAAAGCUAGUUACAUUGAGCGGUUGAGUCGAAAUGUGCGCCGCAUUGCAUCUUCGGUGACUUCGGGUAUGUACUUGUAA